CUUUUAUGACUUGUGGACUCCAACUCCCAGAAUUCCUCAACCAGCACGAGAAUCGACCCCAUUCGAUGAUAUCGGACACCUUAGCAACCGACCCGGAAGUAGAUCUGUACCUACGUCCCUUCAUUAAUUUUAGUCUCUUUGUCACCUUGGUGACCGCUACGCCCGGCCAAUGAUGCUUCGCGCUCUUGGCUUUCCGCCUUCUCCGUUUCGCUGGCCGCGAGCCCAGACGCUCCGAUGCCGCCUCAGUAUCACAGCCCGGGAAAGAAGGGGUUUCGCCGGUCGUGCCACGAUGCCAGUGCCUCUAUCCUAUGCCAUUUUUGAUGGACCCUCAUCAGAUCCUCCACUUGUUUUCCUGCAUGGGCUGUUUGGAAGCAAAUCCAAUUUUUCAUCCCUCGCAAAAAAGUUAGUGCUCCAAACUGGUCGCAAGGUGCUAACAGUAGAUGCCCGCAACCAUGGGGAUAGCUCCCACAGCCCCGUCAUGACCUACGAAGCAAUGAGUGCUGACAUCCAUCUCUUUCUGAACCAACUGCAUCUCAGUAGGUGUGUCUUAAUUGGCCAUAGCAUGGGCGGCAAGACAGCUAUGGUAUUCGCGCUACAAUGGCCGGAAGUGGUAGAGCGCUUAGUGUGUGUUGACAUCAGUCCUAGCCAAACAAAAGAUGUCAGUGGCUUUCAGAAGUUCAUCGCUGCCAUGAAAGCAGUGGAUAUCCCUAAAGGUAUUCCUCGUUCCACUGCACGCCGUAUGGCCGAAGAACAACUGCGCCCUACUAUUCAGGAGCCAACCAUCCUCUAUUUUCUACUUACCAACCUAAUGAAUGCGGAGGACCAAUUUGUAUGGCGUGUGAAUCUAGAGGCCAUUUCACAGCAUCUGAAUGACCUCAUGAGUUUUCCUGUCUUCCAGACAUCUUAUCUAGGGCCUACUCUCUUUCUUGGGGGUUCCAAAUCUGGCUAUAUUAGUUCCAAUAACUACCCUGAGAUCAAACGGCUCUUUCCUGAUGCUGAAAUCCAGCAUAUUCCUGAUGCAGGGCACUGGGUUCAUGCAGAUCAACCCCAAGAAUUCAUCACUACCAUUUGCGACUUCAUUGCACUCCAUCCACUCUAGGAUUUCUGAACAGAUCCACACAAACUAUCCUAUCAAGAUUGGAAGUUUUCUCCUUGGACUUAGUGUUGUAUAUUGCUGAUGGUCUCAUUUCAAAAGCUCUGUGCAAGUGAUCCAUUCAAAGUUUCAGUCAAAUUGUCAGUCCUUUCCCUGGUGAUCUGCUGCUUGAAAGAGUUAGAAGUGGGAGUUGGAGAAUGAGAGAAAAGAGAGAUGUUAGAAAAAAGGAGCGUCAGAAAACAAAACUGAGGAGUCUUAUUCAAUUUUGGCUCUGGCUCAAUUAACCGUUUGUUCCAGUUCUGCCAGUCAUUCAAUGCAGACUCCAAGUAGGUACACUUAAUGGAAUAUGCCCUCAGGUUUCCCACUUCUGACCUAAAUGAGCACAUAGAUAUUGAGACACUCAGAAUCUUACCCAUUUAUUCAACUAGAUAGCAUGUGAUAAAUAAGAUAAUCUACUUGUGGUUAACAGGUAACUCUAGUCUAUGUAUGUAUAUAUGUUUAUUUAUUUAUUUAAUGACCCUUUUAAAAAAAGGCGAACACCACGCUGACAAAUUCAUUGCUCCAGAUGAGAAAUAGAUUUCACCCUCCAGUGUUUCUUAAUUAUUCAGCUAGCCCCCAAUCCAUAAUUCUUGAUAACACUAGACAUAUAAUCAAGGACACAUGCUUCCUUAGACAAUCUAUAUAGUAAUAAAACUUUCGUUCCUGUAGCUUUUAACUGGGCAAAACAAUGCAUCAUAUAGCAGCUGUUUUUGAACCAAGAAACCGAAAUGGGCUAACUUGCAGACUUAAUCCAAAAUCCAGGAUCUGUGACAUCCAUGGAAUUGAAACGUGGUAAAUUUUAUAAAACAAUUUAUAAUAUAACAUUAUCAUAAAUCAGUUCAGAACAUACAGGUAGUCCUUUACUUACAACCAUUUAGUGAUGGUUCAAAGUUACAAUACCACUGAAAAAAGUGACUUAUAUAACUGUUUUUCACACUUACAACCGUUGCAGCAUUCCCAUGGUCACACAAUCAAAAUUCAGACACUUGGCAACUGAUUCAUAUUUACAUCAAUUGCAGUGUCUCGGGGUCAUGUGAUUACCUUUUGCAACCUUCUGACAAGUAAAGCCAAUGGGGAAGUCAGAUUUACUUUACAAGCGUGUUACUAACUUAACAACUGCAGUGGUUCAUUUAACAAUUCUGGCCAGAAAGGCUGCAAAAUGGGGCAAAGCUCAACUGUCUCGCUUAGCAACAGAAAUUUUGGGCUCAAUUGUGGAUGUACGUCGAGGACUACCUGUAAUACAAUAUGUCAUAAAACAUUUCCUAUGCUGAUGUUUGACCAUGGUAUAGAGUUCAAUGUGGACUAUUCACAAGGCAGAUACAUCUCUGAAAGUAUCCCAACCUUUCCAGGGAAGACAGAAUAUUAGAAGCUUUGUCAUUGUUGAAGACGUAAUGAAUUUGCAAUGGCAACAUCUCUGAUGAAAGGAUGACCCAGUGGGAUCAGAGGUUGUCUUGUACUUCUUUAAAAGUGAUUGAUCCAAGGUAAUAACAACCCAGUCAUAAUCAACUCUUUAGGUUGCUCCUGGUCCUUGAAGAUAAAAGAAAGAAAACGGAUAAGUUUCAGCUAUAUAUUUUUUGCUAUUGUUUGGAUUAUUUAGCAGGCUUUUAAAUAUGAGUUAUUUACUUAAGGCCUAUUUUUGUGCUUGUUGUAAUUGAAUACCACAUUUAAAAGGAAUCCAUGGCAAGGAGGUUUUGAGCAUUUUGCAUACUCAGUAAUUGUGAUACUGACAAUACUUGAUAAUGUGACAGUAUUUGUGAUAUUUAUGAAUUGGUAUUCUGUUACAACACAAUUCCUGAUGUCUCCUGUCCUCAAUUGUACCCAUCUUCUAUAGUCUUUUCCAGCAAUUUGCAAAUUGCCCAACUUUUUUAGUAGAAUUUUAACCAAUGUAAGGUUAAAAAAUGUUUCUCUUCUCAGUCUUGGCAACCAGCAAGACUGCCUUUAAAUGGCUUCAUGCAUUUUGCAGAAUUAUUACUAAUGUUAUUAUCACUAGAUCUUUUUCCUGCCUUUUUUAUAUAUAAUUCAACGUGGCAAAUGUAGAUAAUACAGGUACUCCUCAAUUUAUGGCCUUAGAUUAGUGACCAUUCAAACUUACAAGAGACCCUAAAAAUGGAAACUGGUUUUGAAAUUCUUUUUUUUUUUUUUUGAAAAAAGUUUUAUUUUAGAUUAAAAUAAAAAAUAAAUAAAUAAAAACAACAUAAAAAUAUCAUCCUUACAAACAAUUAUAGACAGCGUCUCAAUCGGUUAAAAUCAUUUCGUGCUUACAAUUUUCCAGAUCUCAUCAUAUAACAAUUAUUCUUUACUUAAACUGAAGAUAAAUAUUUAAGCAUUUCAUAUAUGCUAUCUCGUCUCCAUACUUUUUUGUCAAACCAUUGAUAAAAUAUCUCCCAUAUCAAAUAAUAUUGUUUAUCUUCAUGUUCUCUUAUUUCAAAUGUCAAUCUACUCAUUUUAGGACAAUCCAACAUUUUCAUAAUUUCUUCAUCAGUAAUUAUCUUCUCUCCUUUCCAGUUUUUGGCAAAUACAAUUCUGGCUGCUGUUAAAAUGUACACAGUUAAGUAUUGUAAUUCUUUAUUAAAUGUCUCUGGUAAAAUUCCUAAUAAAAAUAUUUCUGGUUUAAAGUCAA